UUUCUUAACAAUAGAUUUAAUGUGAACAUUGAUGUGUUAUACUGUAUACUAUAAUACAUUUUUAUCUUCUUGCAAAGGUAUUAGGCAGGAGGUUGUAAACUGGCGGGCACUAUGACCUUAACAGAGGCAGAGGUUUUCACUGACUGGAGGCUUUCACAUUCACUUGCUGUAUCCAUGAGUUCAGUCUGCUAUCAGCUCCCUGUGGACAACAACAAAGAUAAACAACAUGAUGGAAUGUUUAAAAGACUGUUGCAGGACGUUUGUGCCGAAGAGGAAAGAACCAGAGACUCAGAUAAUUAAGGUUCAGCCUCUUCGUAAAUUAACACUUGAGUGUAAUGUGAACAAAAGUAUUGGAGUGUCAGAGGAUUAUCUACUGUCCAAACUCCCUCCUGACGGCCGGGAGAUUCCCUUCGUCCUUCCGACGUUUAAGCCUUCCUAUGUUCAGCCGAAAGACGCACAGUACUCCGACUACAAUGUUAGACAACAUGUAGGUCCUACAAGGACCACAUAUGCUGAAAGGAAGGCAGAGCUUGCAGGACCCGGUCAAAUUGUGUACGACCCUGAUUUAACCUUAAACAACAGUCAGAUAAUCAGCUACAUGUCACCAGGUUCAUUGAGACGCCCCAAUCUGAAGACAAAAACCAACAAUUGCCCCGACUCAGGUUGGGAAAGGAAUAGCAAACAGAGACUCAGUCACUCCAUGUUCGAUUUGUCAAAUCCCCAGGGCCAUGUACAGCGGUAUGAUUCGGUAUCCAGUGUCCUGAGCAGCACAUCCUCCAUUCCGGAUUCCUUUGGGAGCAGCCAUAGUCUAGAGUCGAUCACCCCGUCUGGAGAUGAGAGGGAAUACGAGAUAGGAAACGUGUGUGUGCAGCUGAGGUAUGAGGAGGCGGUGGAGCAGGUGUGGAUCACCUUGGUAAAGUGUACAGGCCUAAAUGCGUACACUGAAGGGGUUGAGCCUCAGAGGAUUGGGGUCAAAGGGGUCAUCACUAUGACGAAGCAAGUGCGGUUUAAAAGUACGGUCAAAGAAGCAUCAGCUGACACAGACUUCAUGGAGACAUUUGUAUUCACUCUAAACUUAGAGCAAAUACGCAGGUCUGCGCUGGUGCUGCGUCUGCAGGCUUACACACCACGCAAACGUACAAUCGGAGAGUGUGUGUUAUCUCUCCGAACCCUUGGCCCGCAGGAAACACAGCACUGGCUGGUGUUCAGGAGCCACAGUAAAACACAUGUGUGCCGUGCUGAGCUUCAGCUAGGUUUGUGCUUUCAGCCAGUGAGCAGUAGAAUGCAACUCCAGAUCCUCAGUGCUCAAAACCUCCCAUCAUCAUCCUCACCACUCACACAGAGUUUCUUUGUGAAGGUGGACAUGCUUAGUGAUGGCAAGUUCUUGCUGAAGAGAAAGACAAAGGCGAUGAAGUCAUCAGGGGGGCAUGUACAGUGGGGGGAGGUGCUGUAUUUCCCGAUCACCAAUCAGGACAAGAAUCUUCAGCUGUCAGUCAAACUCUACAAAUGUGCCUCUGUACGGAGAAAAAAUCUGCUUGGACAGAUGCUCUUGGGUUUUGACAGCAGUUCUUCAGAGGCGGUGGAACAGUGGAGAGAUUCCACAACUCAUCCAGAAAAAGUAGUGACUUCAUGGCACAGACUCAGUCGACCCUGAAAGAACGAAGAAAUUGAAUGAGAAAGCGAGAAUGACUAUAAAAGUGGUGGUGGAGAAGGCUGAUCCAAUCAGAUAUAAUAUGUUUACUUGCCCCUCAGAUUUUUGAGCCAAAUAGACAACUUCCAAAAAAUAUUCAAUUCAAUUUUAUUUUUCACAAAUGUUAAUUGUUCAAAGCAGCUUUACAUUAAAAGAGGCAGGGGAAAACACAGAAAAACCGACAGACAACAUAAUUAGAAAAAUACAGCGGCAAUGAAUAAACUUUAUAAGCGAGCGUAUUAAUAAUUUAACAUAUAGAAGAGGGUGCUAAAUUAAGCCAAUGUAGGCUGACUCCCUGGGGUUGAAAAACCCCCUAGAUAAAAAACCUUUUUUAGGACUUUCUUAAGGAGAUUAGAUGGGUUCCGCCAGUUGUCUUUUGUCGGGCAUUGGACAGGUUGAAGGACGGCCAGUAGAUCAGUGGUGUGUUGACCUUCACGGCAGCCGGAACUGGGUCUGUUUGUCUCAAUGUCCUCGGGAUCAAAGACGAGACAGGGAGAGAGAAACAAAAUCCUAUUAGCAUAGGGGCCGUUCGCAUGUAAUUCAAGUGUCACACAGUGUUGUGGUUUAAAAUCUGCUCAGUUCCAGACAGGCUAGCUAUUGCGACAUUAGUAUAUUACCCAGACGAGUUAUGUGAAUGUUUUGUUCCGUAAAGGCUAACUAUUGCAACAUUUAAUUAUGUAAAUGCUUUGUGUAUUUGAUCAUUCAGUUACACAAUUAUCGUAGAUUUUUUUUUUCAUCAUCUACCCACCCUCAUGUUGCUCAAAACCUCUCCUGUAAAAGGCAAAAGAAAUAUAAAGGCGGCUGUUUCGUAUACAAUGAUGAUAUGACUUUUAAUUUUAGAUUUUUCAAAACUAUAUUACAUUCGCCAAACAAAAACUGAAGCAUUGCUUACAUAUCUUAAAGAAUUUAGUAUUUAACAUGUUUUUAUAGUCUUUGGUCAUAUAUCACUUAAGCAUCAGGUUAAACAAACCUUAAAUUAAACAAAGCAGUACUAUUAUUAGUGUAGCAGCAAUUAAAAUAGUGCAGAUAUACAAGACUGUCAGUUAAUAUCCUUUGAGAAUUCAUAAGUGAAGUAUGAAGUUCAGUAUUCUUCUUCUCCAUGCAACAUCAGGACAGCUAAGUUAAUGUUCAUUGAAAAUAGAUCUCUACAGUUUCUGAUGCCAAGUGAUUAUGGUGAUGAUUAAUGCAUGUUCACUUACUGUUAGAUAAAGACAAACUUGUUUAAAUGUAAUGUUUUUCCCAUGCUGAGGCUAAAGGUAAAAACUUUUAAAAGUUUAGGAGGGCUUGAGUUACAUUCCCGUUCAUGUGGAACUCAAUCCUUCAAUUCAAUGCCUCCUAGUUCCUUUCACAGAGGAAGAGAAGACAAACGAAAGAGAGAGACUGCAACAAAGAGACUUUUGUUUACACUGGCAUUUUGUUUUCCUGCAUGUUUUCUGCUGCUCUUAAUUCAAGGUGACCUAAUUUUCUAAGAAUAAAGUUUUGCAUAGAUGACAGUAAGUAACUAGUCUUCAUAUUUAAGCAGGAAUAUUGUAUGGGUUGCUGUAGUUAGACAUUGAAGUGUUUUAACAGACAUGAAGAAGCAACAUUUAUUUUUUAUUGAUUGCAUUUUUGUGUGCGUGUACACAAAGAUCUUGUCUGAACGUGUUUGUGCAAAAAAACCUGAUCAAAUCACCCUGGAUAAAAGAAUUUGACAUUUCCAAUUUUUAUGGACAUUUUAUAAAACACCUAAACUUUUUUAUAUGCUGUUUUAUUGUUUGUCAUUGUGUAAACAGCAAUGUUGCAGUAAAUUUAUUUUAAGUAAUU